CAACCGGUGGACACCGUCGAUGAUACGUACAAAUAUGAAGAACUGCGAUAUACGACACGCGUACGACGCAUCGACGGUGUAUAAAAGCACAAUCGGCUCGACAGUUCGACACAAUCAUUUCGAGUCUAUCGUCGAGUACCGAUUUACGCACGGUAUAGCAUAGACAACACAUCGUCACAAUGAAGGUAAUAAUCAUCAUAUCCGCUCUCGUCUCCGUAACUCUGGCCAAGCCAGGUUUCAUCGACGGAUUCAACGGACACGCCGCGGUCGUGGCUCCCCUGGCCUACGCUCAGGUGGUCGUCCCGGGUGCCCCCAUUGGACCGGACGGACGCGUCGUCGACACCCCGGAAGUUGCCGUCGCCAAAGCUGCCCACGCCGCCGCUCACGUCAACGAAAAGGUCGCCCUGGUCAACGAGGCGACCAGAAAUUACGCUGCUUACGCUUCCCCGGCGAUCGUCUCGACCUACAACGCUCCCAUUGUUGCCGGUGUACAUGGACUGGCUUACGUAUAAUAACACGUCGAUCGUUUCGAUCGAAGAGGACGUGAUCUUUGAUCCGUUGUGUAACGAUCAUGUAUAUUAUGUACUCUUCUUUUUUUUUCUUUUUUUUUUUUAUAAAUAUACAUACAGUUUUACAUUAUCCGAGCAAUAAAUCAGACUUGUGUGUACGUAUACGUUUCUUUCCCACCGUAAUGUGAAAAAUGUUCAGACUAAUCAGAGAUCGCAUCUUUUUCUGUCCCAGAAAUCGAAAGCGAUGCGAAAGGGGUUUAGAAUCCUACAGGCGAUAUAUAGCAAAUUGAGACGGUCGUCUUCGUGAGCUUGGAACGUUCACUUUUUUUCGGUCUCCCUACUUUGAACGUUUCAUUCGAUCGGCCAGGAUUCGUAGUCCCGGCGUGUUUUUAAGGUGAGGCUAAUACUUGAUCUGCGGGAACGGGUUAAACGAAAUCGAAUACCACUGAAUUGUUUCGGAGUUUGUCGAUGGUUCAAUUUAUUGAGGAAGAAAAAAAAAAAAAAGAAAACAGAAACUAUUGCGAAGGGAGUCGCGGUGCAUUCGUCGAAAGCCUCAUGAUAUUCGGGGGUCGA